AUGAGCAACGACGACGAACAUGACCAGAUAGGCUCCAACAGCUCCACGCCGCCGGGCGCCUCGACGCCGCGCCCCGAUCCGACCGAUAAGCGACUGCCAGGUAUCCUGCACAGUUACUUUGGCCAGGUUCGUGAUUCUUUGAUACCCCGUCGGAAGUCUUCUGCGGUCAACCCCUCCCCCGCACUUGCACCUGCCACUCAGACCGCAGACCCGUCAUCGAAAGAGGAUUCCGAUGCUAGCCGUCUGCCGUCAAACACACUGCCCAGCCCCACGCCCAGUGCUUCUUCUACUUCCCGACAUCCCUCAACCUCUCAGUUGAAUGAUGGAGAAACGGAGAAGCUAACAGAAGGCGCUUAUGCGCCGCCGUAUAACCAGGCCACGCCUCCUCAGACUCCCCGCACACGCUCGCAGGAAGGCAAGCGGCCUGCCUCGAGCCUGUCUCAAUCCACCCUCGCCUCGAACCAGCAGAAGACGAAGGAGAAAGAGACCAGAGAGCGGGGCCCCGCUGAUGUUGGCCCGCCAAAGGGCAAGCUGUCGGUCGCCAUCUCUGAGGGAAGAGAUCUUCGACCAAGCGUUGACCCGUACGUCGUGUGCCAAUUCCAGUGGGCUGAGUACAUUUCGGACGGACCGCGGAACGACGCAGCAAAGGACAAGCGGCAUCCGCUUGCUAUUCAGCGGACUGACAGUGAGACUGGCAAGCCAAUGGCGAUUCCAAUGCGGAGCCGACAGAGCAGCAACAACGGCACCAGCUCAGACCCACGCGAGAACGGAUCAUUGAAAGAUGUCACUAACCCCAAAUGGGAGCAUGAGGCCAUAUUCGACGUCGUCGGUGACCAUUCUGAAAUCGACAUCUCCGUAUACGAUCGUAGCAAUGCCGAAGCCUUCCUUGGCCACGUCCGGUUUUGCCCCAAUCUUGUCGAGUACGAGAAGCCCUACGAUGGAUGGUUCACCCUUGAACCGCGGGAUGGUGAGGAAGACUACGUGACUGGAGAGAUCCACCUGAAAAUCAAUUUCCACAAAAUCGAUAAGAAACACUACGGACCCGAAGAUUUCGAGAUUUUGAAACUUAUCGGAAAGGGCACAUUCGGACAGGUCUUCCAGGUACGCAAGCGUGAUACUCGACGCAUCUACGCCAUGAAAGUACUUUCCAAGAAGGUCAUCGUACAGAAGAAAGAGGUGGCUCACACACUCGGCGAACGGAACAUCCUGGUGCGAACAGCUAUGGCCGACUCCGCGUUUAUAGUUGGCUUGAAAUUCUCUUUCCAGACGCCUUCCGACCUUUAUUUGGUCACAGACUACAUGUCGGGCGGUGAACUCUUCUGGCAUCUCCAACGUGAGGGACGUUUCCAGGAAGGUCGCGCCAAGUUUUAUAUCGCCGAGUUGAUCCUCGCUCUGCAGCAUUUGCACGAGCACAAUAUCGUAUACCGCGAUCUGAAGCCAGAAAACAUCCUUUUGGACGCCAAGGGUCAUAUCGCGCUCUGCGAUUUCGGUCUGUCUAAGGCGAACUUGACUGAAAACGCUACCACGAACACUUUUUGUGGCACAACAGAAUAUUUGGCCCCCGAGGUACUGCUCGACGAACAUGGUUACACCAAGAUGGUGGACUUCUGGUCCUUGGGUGUGCUCGUCUUCGAGAUGUGCUGCGGUUGGAGCCCUUUCUACGCGGAAGACACUCAGCAAAUGUACAAGAACAUUGCGUUCGGAAAAGUGCGAUUCCCACGAGAUGCUCUCAGCACUGAGGGGCGUAACUUUGUAAAGGGCUUACUCAACCGAAACCCCAAGCACCGACUCGGUGCAACGCGAGAUGCCGAGGAGUUGAAAGCGCACCCUUUCUUCGCGGACAUCGAUUGGGACGCCUUACAAAAGAAGAACGUUGUCCCGCCAUUCAAGCCCAAGUUGAAGUCCGAGCUAGACGUCUCGAACUUCGACCCGGAGUUCACGAAUGCGUUGAACGGAAACGGAUCUUUGAAUGCGCGGGCCGCUGCUCUGGCCUCGGGCGUAAACCCUGCGUCGACACCGUUGUCGCCAACAAUGCAAGCCAAUUUUGCAGGCUUCACAUUUGUGGACGAAAGCACCAUGGACCAACAAUUCGCCCACAAGAACAGGGAGCACGAACCUGAGCGUAUGGACGAAGACGAUAAGGAUGACAUAAAUUGGGACAAGCCCGCAGGACGGGGUGACCGAAUGAGUGGCGUCAUCCCCAGUAACGACCACGACAUAUUCAAUCACGGAAACUUCGACGUUUAA